AUGCGGGUAUUGCUUGUGUCUCUACUUGCAAAAAGCGUAGGAUGCUACUUUGUGAUUGAGUUUAUUGAUGAGGUUUUGAGACACUACAAGAAUAUGCAUUUUCCAAGCACGAUUGGGAUGUGGAUAACAACAGUCUGUUCGUUUCUGAUCACAUUCUACAGUAUGAAUUUUCCAAGGGUUUUCCUGACACUCUACAUAACUGGAAUGAUCAGCUAUGGCUCCAUUGAUCUAAUCUAUAUGGACUUGAACCUUCCAAAAGCAAUCCAGAAUUCUGAAAUGGCUAUGAACAUAAAAAGACUACUUAAGGAUGGCAUAGAGGAUCCGUUUGUCCUUAUUUUGUUUUCGUUUUUACUUGCCUUGAUACUUGUGUGGAUUCUCAACAUGCUUCAGAGCGUGCUUAUUGUUGUUGGGUUCUAUGUUAUUUACAGCAUGCUUUUUCCGAUGUGCCUUGGCGAGUACAGGAAAGAUGCUCCGGUGAUAUUCUAUACACUUUUGAUUGGGUCUGCGAUGACACUGUAUUAUUAUUUAGCACGGAAUGCAUCGAAGUAUGUUCUGAUGUUGAUGUUCUGCUCAACAGGAUCUUUCUUGCUUCUUUCGUCUCUUGAGAUGGUCUGUGGAGCAGGCGAAAGGUUCUACGACAUUGUCUAUGAUUUAAACAACAUGUACACAUUUGAGCUGAGCUCAAUAACGUUUCCGAUGGCAGUAUGGAUUGGAUUAACAAUAUUUGCAAUGGCAUGGCAGACAAGAUAUAUAUAA